AUGGCCCGAAUACGUGAGCUGUUGCUGGUGCCUCCUGUGGUUAAGAAUUGUGGUUUUACAGUGAAAAACAAAAAGCUUGCUGUAGAAGUUUCUGGAAUAAUACAAGAAAAACGUGAACUACUUGACAAACAUAGCUUUGCGGAUAAAGAGAAUGAGAAUUUAGAGCCAUCUUUGAAACAUUCCAGCGUUGAGGAGUCCAAUAAAGCGCAAGCUUUGAAGGAAACACAUGAAAAGCUGGAGAGUUGCAAAUUCAACGUACAGGAUGACGUUUUCUUAGAAAAACAAUUAGAAAAAGAGAAAUCUGAACAUUUUGAACAAAAUGCAUUGGCAAAACAAAGCAUCCAGACCCUGGAUGAUGAAAGAAAAUUCCUCCAAUCACAAAUUGCUGCACUUAUUGGAGAAGCUAAAAUACCAAAACAAGAGCUGAAUGGACUUAAAGAGAAAAUGACAUUUAUAUGCACUACAAUACUGACAGACCAACCUAUCAAUGACAAUGAAAAUCAAAUUGAGACGGAAAAUUGCUCUGCCAUCCUUGGAGAAGAGAUUACCAAUGAGGGCAGUGUGGAACAAGACAUGAAGAGUGACUCAGAAAACGAACAUAUUGAAAAUCAUCUGACUGAACAAAUACCUUUGAAGUCAGAAGGGACACAAUUUGGAAGUGAAAUUGGGACACAUCCGCAGGAAGUCCCAAUGAUGACUGAAGUAUAUCAAGGAAAUGACAUGAUGCCAUGCAGAUGGAGAGUCAAAGACCUUGAACAAGAAUUGGAAAGAACAAUUGAGUAUUUUCAAUUUCAGAUUAUUUAUUUGAAGAAAAAUGCAAAUGACAAUUGGUGGGCAGCUCGGUUUGCCGAGAGAGAACUCCAUGACUUAAAGAAAGAGUAUGUUUAUAAAAGAAAAAGUUGA